CAUUUUUGAAUAUUCUCCAUGCGAUUCCAAUGGCUUCCAUGAGCCUUAUCGUGUUGUUACGUGGCCUAUCUUACGUGCUUUACAUGCCGACAGCAACUUAAGUGUUGCCAACCAGUUUGGUCGCCGGCGAUUGGUGCGGCUUCAGUCCCCGCCGGAGUGCCAUUGGAAAAAACAUUCAAGGCUUGAACCCAAGUUUUUUUUUCAACACAAGAGUAUCUCUUUAUUCAUCUACAUCACACAUCAUCCAUGGGUCCUCCAGCAUUCCUAACCUCACCAAUGCUCAACCUCGGCGUUAUGCUGGGUAGUAUGCAACUGGUCAAGAAGAUCCCGUUUGAAGAUCCCCAAGUUUUGAUGUAUGCCCGAGUUGCUUAUUAUGGAAUGAACUUGCUUGUUAUUCUAUGGGCUUUUUACCUCAAGAUGUCAGUGGCCAAGAAGAAUGAUCGUACCCCAUUGACAUAUGCCGCCCCACCCAAGUCCUCCUUCGGUGCACAGGCUGCUGCCACUGAGGAGACUGUUACAACUACCAACAGCGCUUAUGAUCAAGCCGAGUUGCAAAAGUUUAUCACCACCACUGUCACCUCUUUGGCUGUCAUCAGUGUUCUCCACUGGAAGUUCGGUGUUAACCAGCCUUUGAUGGUUCAAUCCAUCAUGCCUCUUAAGAACUUUUUGAUCGCCAAGCCCGUUAUCAUUCACCUCUGGGGAGAUGCUGCUGAAGGAGACCUCAAGCGACCAUGGAAGGCCGAUUCUAACCCUCUGGCGGCACUCAUGGGAGGAGGUGGUAGCUCUUCCACUGCCGAAGAGGAACACGAGAAAAAGGAGUAAAGUCAUUAUAAAAUAAAAGCCCUCUAUAAUAGCAUUUCGAGUUGUAAAUUAAGCUCACGCCGAAUGCAGCACAGCAGUUUUGACCACGGUUGUGUGCUUUGCGGUCCACUCUCAAACUUGCCCAUUGCGAAACGUUCACACUCUCCCUUUUUCUCCCUUCUUCCAUUUCGU